AGGGGAGGGGAUAUAAAAUAGGGGAAGCCCGAGAAUUAUAUGAAAAGGAGGAGCAGAUUCGGUCGAUCGAGCAUCUUCCCCCCCCAACUCAGAAUCCCUGCCCCUCUCCCUCGUACGAGGUUUCGGAUCCUGGGAUCGAUCUCUCGAUCCCCUUGGCCGCCAUUGAUUUCUUCGAAGGGAGGGAGCGAGCUUCUUUGAGUAGAGGCGAGAUCAAUAUGAUCACCAUCCCGUAUUUGACCGCUCUCUCCACCUACUUUAGCUACGGUCUCCUCUUCGCUUUCGGUCAAUUCCGCGACUUCUUCCGGAAGAUCUUCGACUGGUGGCGUUCCAGCGAUCUUCAGGGGUAUGCGCCCAUCUGCUUGGGACUCGAGGAUUUCUACACUCGUCGCUUGUAUCUCCGGAUUCAGGACUGCUUUGGACGACCUAUAUCAAGUGCUCCCGAUGCUUGGUUUGACGUUGUAGAACGUUUCUCCAAUGAUAAUAACAAGACCUUAAAACGAACCACGAAUGUAAGUAGGUGUCUCAACUUGGGAUCCUACAAUUAUCUUGGAUUUGCUGCUGCUGAUGAAUACUGUACUCCCCGUGUUAUUGAGACACUUAAGAAAUUCUCACCAAGUACAUGCAGUUCUCGUGUUGAUGGAGGAACUACGACUCUGCAUAAUGAGUUGGAGGAGUCUGUCGCAGCUUUUGUGGGAAAGCCAGCUGCCAUAGUUUUUGGCAUGGGUUAUGUGACAAAUUCUGCUAUUCUUCCGGUUCUGAUUGGAAAGGGAGGUUUGGUAAUUAGCGAUUCCUUGAACCAUAACUCAAUUGUGAGUGGUGCUAGAGGCUCCAGAGCUACAAUAAAGGUUUUCCAACACAACACACCAUCUCACUUAGAGAAGGUUUUGAGGGAGCAAAUUGCUGAGGGGCAACCGAGGACACAUAGACCAUGGAAGAAGAUAAUAGUUGUUGUUGAGGGUAUAUAUAGUAUGGAAGGAGAGCUCUGCAAACUUCCAGAGAUUGUGGCUGUAUGCAAGAAAUAUAAGGCUUAUAUCUACUUGGACGAGGCUCACAGCAUUGGAGCAGUUGGAAAGACGGGAAGAGGCGUUUGUGAACUCUUGGGAGUUGACACUGCUGAUGUUGAUGUAAUGAUGGGAACUUUCACAAAAUCAUUUGGCUCAUGUGGCGGCUAUAUUGCUGGAUCUAAGGAACUUAUACAAUAUUUGAAGUACACAUGCCCUGCUCAUCUCUAUGCCACGUCAAUAUCGCCUCCAGCUGCACAACAGAUUUUAUCAGCCAUCAGAGUUAUUCUUGGAGAGGAUGGUUCUAAUAGAGGGGCACAAAAACUUGCAAGAAUACGUGAAAACAGCAAUUUUUUCAGGUCAGAGCUGCAGAAGAUGGGUUUCGAGGUUCUUGGGGAUAAUGAUUCUCCUGUAAUGCCCAUAAUGCUGUACAAUCCAGCAAAAAUCCCUGCUUUUUCUCGUGAAUGUCUCAAGCAUAAUGUGGCUGUAGUUACAGUUGCUUUUCCAGCUACUCCACUCCUUUUGGCUAGAGCUCGUUUAUGCAUAUCUGCCUCUCACACUAAAGAAGACCUUGUCAAGGCCUUGGAGGUUAUCAGCUCAGUGGGUGAUUUGGUGGGCAUCAAAUACUUCCCCGCUGAGCCCAAUAAGCUGCAAAAGGAGGAAGGGAUGAUCAAAGAGGACUAAGACUCCCCCAUGGGGUUGAUUAUGGAGCUUUGUUUAUUCUCUACAAAAGAGGGAUAGGCAUUUAAUCCUGUUCCAUGGAAUGAUGCAAUGGUGGACGCAACAGAAGUUUUCCAUGUUUGAGUAAUUUAUUAUGGCCUAGGGAGUCUUUGACUCUACCAAAGAUUUCCAUAUAUUAUUGUACAAAAGCUUUUUGGCUCUUUGUAUGAGAUUCUUGUCGCUCUUAAUCCAAAUGAGGCAUUGUUGCA